AUGCUGGCACUCCUGUUUCUUCUGCUGGCUUCUUCGUUUGUUUCGGCCGCCGCCGAUCGCCGGAUAUGUGUGGCGCCGGAGCGGGUGUGGAGGUCGGCAGGCCGUUUCUCUCCUGGUGGCGACGGCCUGCUCGUGCCUUUGUCCUCGUUUCUCUCUCCAAAGGGCGGAACGGAGUCGUUGCUCCUUCCCUCGUUCGCGUCGCUGGCUUCCUCGCCGAGGCCCGCUCUCCUGACGACUGAGCCGGCGGCGCCGCAAAGAGGAAGGCCGUUCCGGCGUCUCCUGAGAACUGCGGAAGAGGCGGCAUCGGGAGAUGCCGCCAUCGAAGGUCCGAGACAAAGGCCACCGUCUCUAGGUUUCCUCCAGCCGCUGGGAAGGGAGGCGGUUCUGUCAAAGGGCCGUCACAGGGAAAGGCUCUGUCGGCGACGGUGGACUCGAUCCCCGGCCGCCUUGUCCAGCAUGUCGCAUCCGUUCUUGCGUGCGGCUUCCGCCGCCAAUUCGCUUUUUGGUUGUGCCACGGGGAGACGAGACCGGAGCAAAGACGCGAGCCCGCGGGAAGGAAAGUGGCGGGUGCGUCUCCCGGCCGCAACGCGGAACCCCGCCGCGAAUUCGCAAAGGGCGGCGCUCGACAACUGGAGGUGUAUGGACAGUCGGCCAAUGGGGACACGGAGAGGCGCUGGCGGAAUGGAGGGCGGUUCUGCGUCGACUUCGGCAGCGGCGUCGACGUCUUCUCUCGGCUCGUCCUCGCUGAAUCCGGUACGGGGCAGUCAAGAUUUCCCGCCUCUUCUUUGGCGGCUUCACCGGUGGCUGUUCUCCCAGUGGCGGGAGACUGCAGCGUCGUUCGGGUUCCAGGAAUUUGCGACUCCAGUCGUCGAGCCUGCUGAGCUCUACCUACACCCCAGUGAGGAACGGAGCGCGCGCCGUGGAGGCGACUUUCCUGUCUCGCACCGCUCGGACGAAUUCGCGGGAUUUGGCAGCAGAGAGCGGGGCGAAGGCGCCACGGAGGAAAGCCUCCGCAAAAGGUGCACUGCCUCGAAACUCCCUCGGCUUUCGAACUCAAGCGAGACAGCCCCAGGCGCUCACAUGGAGUCGCGUCCUUUACACGUGGCGUGUGCCGCGCGCGGUGAAGGUGCGGCCCUGACGUCACCGGCGUCGCCAUCCUCGCAAGGCAUUUCGACGGGGAUUCCUCCGCACCUCUACCUUUUCGAGGACCAGAGUCGCAGACCCCUGGCGCUUCGCCCGGAACUGACGCCGUCCCUCUGUCGACUGCUGCUGCGCCUGUACGCGAAGCCUCGGCAAGGCAGUGCACAGCCACUACGGCCUGAGCGCGUUUGCAGCAUCGCUGAACUCGAGAGCCUCGCCGCGUCGCCGGCCUUACCCGUUCGCUUGUCUUCCAUAGGGGAUUGCUGGCGCUACGAGAGAACAGGUCGGUGCCGCCGAAGACAACACUGGCAGUGGAACCUGGACAUCGUCCUGGGGCCGGGCGAGAGGACGGAUUCGUCGGCGCUGGUGCCCCGAAACCUGCAUGCAAUCGGUACCCGACGGGGGCGCGACGCACGCCUCGAGGAACGCCGUUCGCACGCGGGCCUUCUGGAUGCGAGGCCCGAGGCGGAGAUCCUUGCUGCAGCGGUGUCUCUGCUGGAAAAGCUCGGGCUGCGUCCGGAAGAUGUCGAAGUUCGCGUCGGCAGUCGACGGGUCCUCGAGGCGCUCCUCGUCCGCCUGGGUGUCGUUGACGGGCGCAAGCUCUGGGCAGAGCCCGUGGGCGGAUCUGCGGACGAGGAAGGACGCGCGGCGGAAACGAAGUCAGAAGGCCGGCCAGAGUGCACUCGGCAGCGGGAGACCGUGAAAGAGAGCGCAGAGGAGAGUCGACGAGGGGAAGACCAGAACUGCGCUUCGCAGGCACCGUCGAGGAAGGAGGGAGACACCGGCGCAGUACGGGGUCGGCGCCUCGAGGGCGCAGACCCGAGCGCCGCGGGAAAGACCGACAGGGUGAGCCGGGCGUUCGCGGGAGCUACGGGACGGGAGGGAAGUGAAGAGCGCGUGGAAUGGACAGAGAAAGAAAGGGAGACACAGAAACUCGAGGAGAUCUGUCAGGUCCUGGAUCGGUUAGAACGGCAUCCCGUGGACGCCGUCCUCCCACUUCUGAGCCACGUCACAGGUUUACGUCCUGCGGACGCCCGAACUUUGAUCGAAGCCGUCCAGGCGUUCAAUCCGUUCCCAGACCCCGACACAGGGACACCCUGUCCUUCGUCUGGCUCUUCUCUCGCUUCACGGGCUUUGUGUGUCUCCAGUUCGCUCGGGUCUCCUAACGUCUCGGCUUCCGCGGCGGCGGCAGAGAGACACCUGGAAGCUGCCGCGGAGGAAGCCCGGCAGCUGUUUGCCCUCUUUCCUCUCUACGGCCUCUCACGCCGGUGGCUCUCGUGGCAUCUGCUGACUGUGCGCGGCCUCGGGUACUACCGCGGUCUCGUGUUUGAAGCCUUUGAGCGCGUCAACUCUUCCUCGCGCCUCGCGCGCGGGGCAGAGACCGGUCGUGGGGAACCAGAGAAGAUGGCUGUUGGCGACCUUUCGAGGCGGGUUGUGGGUGUAAAGGCAGACGCACACCCUCGUGUCGCUAGCCUCGCCUCGCCGGCUGAUCCGUUGUUCAGACCCAGGGCUCUGUUUGGAGGCGGCCGGUACGUGAAGCACGUGCUGCGGUUGCCAGGCCUCUCGGCGCCUUCGCCUGCCUCAAACGGGGCGGCGGCCUCGCUGAGGAAGCAGUUCCUCGGAACCGGAAUCUCGGCGGUAGGUCUCGGCAUGGGCGACACAGUCCUUCUCGACUUGCUCGACCGCAAGGGACUUCUCCCCGACCUCCGUCCGGGCGCAACGCCUCUCGUCGACAUCGUCGUCAGCGUCCUCGCGCCGUCCUCUGAAAGGCCAGCAGCGGGAGACAGAAGCGCCUACGCAUCUGUCGAGGACGCGCCGUCUCCGGCCGCCUCGCAUGCACGAAAUCCCUCAAAAACUCCAGCUGCGGGGACACAGGACGCUGUGCGAGACAUGCGCCAGCAUGCAGCCAGCCCCGCCGAUCGCUUGCCGGCAUCUCUCUCGGCCCGCCCAAACGGGGAAGAGCAAGCGUCGAUACACCUCGCCACUGGCGACGCCGGCGCUUCAGUGUAUGAGCCAUUCUCUUUUUCCGCCGGUGGGGCUCUCGGGAUGGGGAAGGACGCCGAGUGGGGGCGAGGACCUUCGGCAGCCCAGGCCGCGCAUGCAGCCGCCAUUCGCCUGGCGCAGAGCCUCCGGCGAGAAAGAAACUGGAAGGUCGAGGUCCUGUUGGGAGACAGAGAGGGAGAGAAAGGCUGGAAAGCGGUCCUUGCGAGAGCCGCCGAGCUGGGGGCGCGCGUGGUGGUGGGCGUCAUAGCUAGAGAAGAGAAAGGAGGGAGAGAGGCCGGGAGGAAGGAAUGGAAAGCCGAACACGCUGAAGGAGACGCAAGUGAAUCUGGAACGCGGGAGGCUGCAGCGGAAGAACGGGGAUAUGUUCCUUCCUCGCAGAGCCAGAGAUCGGCACUGCUGGAUAGGCGUCAGGAGAAACACGGAGUCGAGGGCCUUAAAGAAGUAGAUAACACAGAGAAAGGUUUCCGUGGGAACAUGUCGGGUUCCGCGGCGUCCGCCUCGGCGCAGGUAGCCCCACCGGGAGGCGAAUCUGCAGGCUGUCAAUGGAUAAAUGGAUACAGUCACACCGAGGAGAGUCUUUCAAGUGUCGUCUCGCGUCCCGUUCAGUAUCUUGUCAAGGACGUUUCCGCUGCAGUUGCGAACGGAGGGGAGAACUGUCGACGUGUGGUCCCCGCUGUGGGGACAGUCUGUGAAGGCGGGAGCGAGAGUGGCGCAGAAUUGGACGCCUUUCCAGUGCCUCCAGCGUUUAGAGAGAACGGAAGCUUUUUGGUGUGCGAGGAUCCCACUGCGGUCGUGGACGCCGUGAAGGCUCUUGCAGCGUUCACAAGCCCGCAGGCCUCUCUGGCCACAGAUUAG